AUGACAACCGUUACUGUACAAGAAUCUUCUUCGUCAUCAGGGCAAACAAAACUCCCAAUUGUUGGUGAUACCUCUGACAAUAAACCAAGAUGGUCCAAUAAGCCAUUUGAUUUUACCGUUCCCCCAGAUCUCGAGGGAAAGUUUCCGGGGUAUAGAACACCAGAGUCGGAAUCUCCAUAUCUCUACGCGAGAAGGCAAGGAAUUCAGUAUCCCAAUUACACUCAAUGGAAAAUGGAGCCUUAUGUUGAGAAAUCUGGUUUUCAAGACAAAGGCACCCUUUCCCAUCCGGAAAAGAGCAGCCUUUUGAAAGCUGCCAAAGAGGUUAUUCAUUUGACCCCAUACUGUGGUACGGAAAUUGUGGGGUUGAAACUUUCUGAGCUCACUGAUGAACAGAAGAAUGACUUGGCCAGGUUAGCUGCCGAAAGGGGAGUUGUUCUCUUCAGAGACCAGGAUGAUCUCCAUAUCAGAGCGCAAAUCAAGUUCACCUCUUAUUUUGGAGAACCACAUAUUCAUCACCAAAGUGGGAUUAUUCCGGACUUGCCUUGGGUACAUCCAGUCUAUAAGGACGAAACCUCGGUGAAUGGUCUCACCUCACAAGUUUGGCACUCGGAUGUCCCAUAUGAGCUUAAUAGUGCUGGUAUCUCUACAUUGAGAUUCGAUGUUCUACCUCAAACUGACAGUGGAGAAUUCAUUGGAGGAGACACCUUAUUUGCUAACGGAUAUCUGAUUUACGAGGCUCUUGAUCCCCAGUUCAGAUCCUGGUUGGAAACUCUAAAGGCUAGAAGCAGUGGCUUUGGACAGGCUGCUCUGGCAGCAAAAAGUGGCUUGGAAACCAGAAGACCACCUAUUAUUACAGAGCAUCCUAUCGUGAGGACAAACCCAGUCACAGGAUUGAAGUCUCUUUAUAUUGCCGAGAACUUUACUACCGAAAUUGUCGGACUGGAGAAGAGGCUGAGCAGAAGUGUCUUGGAUUACCUCUUCGACCAUGUUAGGAGAUGUUUGCAGUUUCAGUGCCGUAUAAAAUGGACUCCAAAUGCCGUUGCAGUUUGGGAUAAUAGGUCACAUUUUCACACUGGUAUCUUUGAUUACUUUCCCAAGACAAGGCAUGGAACCAGAGUGAUUGCGCAAGCAGAACGUCCAUAUUUCGACAAAGACUCGAAACUAUUUAGUGAGGUCAAAUUUAAGGGCUACACCACUGUAUAG